AUGCUCUCAUUUAUCUCGCUAUCUUCUAAAAGUAAUACGACAACUAAAUGCGAGCAGGACUUUGUACUCUUAGUCGAAUCAGCUUUACGUCGUGAGCUUUGGGCACUCAAAAUCUUGGAUUCAUGGGGUAAGCCUUUGCCAUCUGGUUUACUCAAAGGAAAUAAUUUGUGGGUGGGUAAUUAUGAUGAAUGUCUCGAUCCAUUAUAUCAACAUGAUAACAAAACAUUCUUAAAACAAACGUUCGAUGGUCACUACUGUGCACUCCUUCCACGCGGCAUGAAACCACAACAAACGAUGGCUUACGGACUUAUUCUUGGCAUUUGUGUACCUUCGUCAUGCGAUCGUCAAUCAACUGUUUCAUUAGUUCAAAUUAACAUCCAUGACAUGUGUUUGGAUGCUUCGUGGUAUCUUUACAAUGAUAUGCAAUUUCAUUGGAUUGCACCACUUGCUCUCAUACCAUUUGUCAUUGGUCGAAAGCCUAUUGCAUUUAUUGUGGCCACUCUAUUCGUUCUCGUUGGCAUUGGAUCAAUUCUCGGCAUUCUUCUUUAUUAUCCUAAUAUGGAAGUGAACCGUAUAACAGCCGCCAUGCAAACAACCGGCCCUACCUUCUAUGAGAAGAUCUACCUAACACCGUGGUGUCGCAUAUCACCUUAUGCUAUUGGUCUUCUCACUGGUUUUAUUGUCAUCAAUACUGGUCGUUCGUAUCGUUUGAAUAUCUAUACAAAAAUAUUUGGAAGCCUCCUGGCUACCGUAUUUGGCUUGACCUGUAUCUUUGUAAUGUAUCCAGAUUAUGCUUUCGUAUCGGGUCUUAGUCGAUCGGCAAUCAUUGCCUAUCAAGCGCUUUCUCGUUCAUUUUGGGCAUUAGUAAUCGGUUGGCUUCUCUUUCUAUGUAGUACGAAUCAAGGUGGAAUAGUUAAUACCAUUCUUUCAUGGCCGAUUUGGAGUCCUCUAGCUCGUCUGAACUAUUCAGCGUAUCUUGUCCACACGAUUAUUCUUUUUAUAACUAUAUAUAAUCAGACAAUACCUUAUUACUUUCAACCACAUUUAAUCAUUAAUAGUUAUAUUUCAAAUCUAUUCUUUAUCUAUGUUGCAGCUAUUGUCGGGGUAAUCUUCUUUGAAACUCCAUUUGUUGUUCUUGAAAAGAAAUUGUUUAAACGAUAA